GCGAGGUGGGGGAGGGCGUUCCGUGUGUGUCUGUGUUGUUGUUCGGCGGCAGCGGCGGCGGCGGUAAGAUGGCUGCCCACGGGGGCUCCGCGGCGUCGUCGGCGCUGAAGGGGUUAAUUCAGCAGUUUACCGCCAUCACCGGUGCAAGUGAAAGUGUAGGGAAACAUAUGCUUGAAGCCUGCAACAAUAAUCUGGAGAUGGCAGUCACUAUGUUUUUGGAUGGUGGAGGAAUCGCUGAAGAGCCCAGUACCAGUUCAGCAAGUGUUUCCACUGUCAGACCACACACAGAAGAGGAAGUCCGUGCUCCAAUUCCUCAAAAGCAGGAAAUAUUGGUGGAACCAGAACCUUUGUUUGGUGCUCCUAAAAGACGGCGACCUGCACGUUCAAUAUUUGAUGGUUUCCGGGAUUUUCAAACUGAAACUAUUCGGCAAGAACAGGAAUUAAGAAAUGGAGGAGCAAUAGAUAAGAAACUAACUACCCUUGCAGAUCUAUUCCGGCCACCCAUUGAUUUGAUGCAUAAAGGCAGCUUUGAAACAGCCAAAGAGUGUGGCCAGAUGCAGAAUAAGUGGCUGAUGAUAAACAUUCAAAAUGUGCAAGACUUUGCAUGCCAGUGCCUCAACCGCGAUGUAUGGAGCAAUGAAGCUGUGAAGAAUAUUAUCCGGGAACAUUUCAUUUUCUGGCAGGUUUAUCAUGACAGUGAAGAGGGUCAGAGAUACAUACAGUUUUAUAAGCUAGGGGAUUUCCCCUAUGUUUCCAUCCUGGAUCCACGGACAGGUCAGAAGCUAGUAGAGUGGCACCAGUUAGAUGUAUCUUCUUUCUUGGACCAAGUAACGGGAUUUCUGGGUGAACAUGGGCAGCUGGAUGGACUUUCUAGCAGUCCCCCCAAAAAAUGUGCCCGUUCAGAGAGCCUUAUAGAUGCAAGUGAAGACAGCCAGCUAGAAGCUGCCAUCAGAGCCUCCUUGCAAGAGACACAUUUUGAUUCCACACAGACAAAACAGGAUAGCCGCUCAGACGAAGAAUCUGAAUCUGAACUUUUUUCUGGCAGUGAGGAGUUCAUAUCUGUGUGUGGCUCUGAUGAAGAGGAGGACAUAGAGAAUCUUGCCAAGUCUAGAAAGUCUCCCCAUAAAGAUUUGGGGCAUAGAAAAGAGGAGAACAGAAGGUCACUGACUGAGCCCCCUGCCAGAACUGAGCCUGGAACAGCCACAAAUCACCAAGGGUUACCAUCUGUGGAUUCAGAAAUAUUGGAAAUGUCACCUGAAAAAUCCGAUGGAGUGGUGGAGGGCAUAGAUGUAAAUGGACCAAAAGCACAGCUGAUGUUGCGGUAUCCAGAUGGAAAAAGGGAACAAAUCACUCUCCCAGAACAAGCUAAACUACUAGCUUUGGUGAAGCAUGUGCAGUCUAAAGGAUAUCCAAAUGAACGUUUUGAACUUCUCACCAACUUCCCUCGAAGGAAACUCUCUCAUCUGGACUAUGACAUUACAUUACAAGAGGCAGGCCUUUGUCCUCAAGAGACUGUCUUUGUACAGGAAAGAAAUUAACAUCAUGGCCUGACCUCUCUCAGCUUACCCCCCUUUUCCCUUUAUUCUGAGAUACGAUGUCACUGAGUAUGCAUUUUGGCUCAUAGGACCAUAGAGCCAAAUUUGGGCAACAAGUCACCUGCCUUCUCUCUUAUUUCUUGUUCUCUCCUAUAAUCAGUCUCUCCCUAACUACCUCCCCUCUUGUUUUCUCUCCUUUCCUAUUUUCUUCUUUUUCCUACUUUUCUCUUUCUUACCUAAUCUGGUGACCAAAUGGAAGUGUUAGGAUAAGACCUCCUAGUACUGGCAGCAGGAAAUAGGUGUUCCAAUAAGUACACUCUUACAUGGCACUUUUUGGGGAUCAAAUGAUAAUGUUACUCCUCAGACUCCUUUGGUAAAGGAAUGGCUAGAUUCAGAAUAAGAAUAGCCUCCUUUUUAUGUAAGCCCCAUUUUUAGUAGGGAGAAGAAAUUCUCUAACACAUGUUUUGUUUUGUCAUACAUGUAGAAAUAUCACAUAACAGUGUCCAGGAUUUUGUUUACGUGGAAAAAGCAUCCUUUAUUGCUCAUCACAUUGAAAAAAUUUUUUCAAAGGAUUCCCAUCUUCCCAGCUAGAAUUAUUUCCAUGGUAUUUGUUACUGGCAGAAAGAGUGUUAAAUUAGGGUGAGUAGCAUGAGGUGGCUUUCAAUACCCUAGCCUAAGACAGCUUUCUUCUUUAUGACUUAUUAUAAACUAUCUUGAUCCUGCUAGUCCUGGAUGGACAUCAUGUGAGCGUAUUGUGGUGACUGGGAUAGGAAGGUGCUUGCUGUUUUUGCCAGUACAGCAUAUUAGUUCCUUGGCCCUUCCAUUGUGUAGGUCCACAAGUGAUCUAUAGGAAAGCAGCUGUUCAGUAAUCAUGAGUGCAAUGGCUUUUAGUUGUAACCACUAUGGUUAUUGAUUGUCCUAUGUGCUUUAAGGCAUACUUAAUGUAUGUCCCCGGGGAAAAAGAAAAAAAUGCAGCUGAGAGUUACUAACCAUGUCCCUUUGGUUAGAGGUAAUGAUUCGUUUUUUUACCCCUGGUUGUAAGUCUCUAAAAGGCCCUGAUGACUGACUGAGUUUAUUAAUUCCUCAUGCUGUUUCAAAAGGUAUCAAAACUGAAAACCUUUCUAAGGGGGAAGACUUUUAAAGUCAAUUCAUAAGACAACAUUUAGUAAAGGAUGUGGGAAAGAUUACCAGUAAUCUUCAGAUGUUAAUGGAUUUUUUCUGCCAACAAAAGCCACAUUCAAAUUGUAGUUGGUGAAAGUUUGUGUUUUUUUUCCAGUAUUAUUUAGAAGAGGCCAUUUGAAUCUAUAGUACUGUUUGACUUAUCAGCUUCACUAUGCUCAAUUCUUAUUUUGAGCUUUAAAUAGAGUCCUCUAAAGGGGUAGUAGUGUAAUUCUGGUGGCAAAAUCAAAACUUUAACUUGUCAUAAAACCCUAAUACAGAAUGAACCUAUUUCUCAUUGAUUGGGGUUUAGAUUGAAUGAUUCUUCUACUUGAGGAACAUAAAUUGCCAUUGCUCAGAGACGUUUAGGUUCCUAUCUACCUUAAGAUGACUCUCUUGGCAACUAGGGGAUUUAAAAAGGAAAAAAAAAAAAAAAAAAGAUGCUUGUGUGUUGUUAGUACACAAUUAGAGAA